AUGCAUGGAGGUACGCAACUGACGCUAGCUGCCGUGCGCAAGAAGUGUUGGACAUUUGGUGGAAGAGUCCCAAUUAAAUAUCACAUUCAACGCUGUGUUGUCUGUGUAAGACAGAGAGCUCAGCGAUCUCAACAGUUGAUGGGUCAACAGCCUACAUCUCGAGUCUCACCAUCACUCGUCUUUGAAAGUACUGGCGUAGACUACGCUGGUCCUGUUCAGCUAAAAUACUUUCAAGGACGAGGUACACGCUGCUACAAAGGCUGGAUUGCGGUCUUUGUAUGCUUCUCAACUUCUGCAAUUCACCUGGAAGCUGUAAGCGAUUACACUGCAGAAGGCUGUCUCAAGGCGUUCAGGAGGUUCACAAGUCGUCGUGGCAUCUGCAAAACCCUUUUCAGUGACUGUGGCACGAACUUCAAGGGGGCAGAUGUCAUUCUUAAAUAA